AAAGAAAAAUGAAGAAAUGGUAGAUGAAUGCAUAUACCACGAUUGACAGGUAAUCUUGAUUCUGUCUGUCUUUGCUGGGCACUCCAACUCUAAGUGCGCCAUUAGAUUAUACACUCCAAUCUCCAUUUUCUAAAGCAACGCAUAUUACUUCCAUCUCCAUUUUCUUCUCUUCACACACAAUUAUUCCUUCUCCUUUACCCACAACAUUCAACGACAACAAUUUUCUAAUUGGUCGUUGAAACCUCUGUAAAGCUGUUAAAUUUUUUAAUUUAACAUAGCGGGCUUAUUAUGCAGUGCACAGAACGGGAUAAGGUGUUUUCUAAUGGUGAUGUAUAUUGUGGGAAUACUGUGGGCAUGGUUCCCCAUGGAAAGGGAAAAUAUAAAUGGUCAAAUGGGACCAUUUACGAAGGUGAUUGGGAUGAAGGGAAAAUGACAGGGAAAGGGCAAAUGAUAUGGUCUUCCGGAGCAGUAUACGAGGGCGAUUUUUCUGGGGGUUAUCUUCAUGGACAGGGAGCUUUUACUGCUUCUGAUGGUUCUACUUAUGAUGGGGCUUGGCGGAUGAAUACGAAGCAUGGAUUUGGAAGGAAGAAAUACUCCAACUCUGAUUUUUACGAGGGUUCAUGGAAAGAAGGUCUUCGUGAAGGAAGUGGAAAGUAUAAUUGGAGUUCAGGAAAUACAUACGUUGGUACUUGGAAAUCUGGAAUGAUGUGUGGAAAAGGACUUUUGAAGUGGGCUAAUGGUGAUAUAUUUUAUGGUUCGUGGUUAGAUGGGUUACGGGAUGGAUCGGGUUUCUAUCGCUUUGCUGAUGGAGGCUGUUAUUGUGGAACUUGGAGCAGGGGUUUAAAAGAUGGUAGAGGAACAUUUUAUCCUGCUGGAAGUAAACAUGUAUCUCUAAAGAAGUGGUUCAAAUCUGAAGGUUAUGAUGGAAACUUGAGAGAUGAGCUUUCUCGUAGUUCUUCCAUGAGAUUAGAAACAAGUGUGACUUCAGGACCAAAUAUGAAACGAUGCAUCUCUGAAAACGUAGCUGGUGGUAACUUAACUAGAAGUUCAAGUCAAAUUUCACCGAGGGCUUCUUUUGACGGAGACUGCAUACUUGAUGACAUUGCAAGAGAUCUAUCAUUGAAAGACAAAUCUUGCAAAUUGGUCAAUACCUCUAGUGAUGAUCUGUUUGAUGGGCAAGAGGAAAAUGAUGUAGUUUUUGAGAGAGAAUAUAUGCAGGGUGUCUUGAUUAGAGAACGUGUAAAGAAAAAUGAUGGAAAAUCUUCCAAGGUGAAGUCUCACAGUAAAUUUUCUAUCAAACCAAAAAGUCGUUCUUGCUUCACAACUUCCAGAGUCAACCAGAGCCACUAUUUUAUGCUUAACCUACAGCUUGGUAUCAGGUACACAGUUGGCAAGAUAACACCAGUUCCUGCUCGCGAAGUUAGGUACACGGAUUUUGCCAAACAAGCGAGAAUUAAAAUGUUCUUUCCUAAAAAGGGUUCUCAACUUACACCUCCACAUUAUUCGCUAGAUUUUUACUGGAAGGAUUAUUGCCCUAUGGUAUUCAGGAAUUUGAGAGAGAUGUUUAAGUUAAAUGCUGCAGAUUACAUGAUGUCCAUCUGUGGUGAUGAUGGUUUAAGAGAGAUUUGCUCUCCAGGAAAGAGUGGCAGCAUGUUUUAUCUGUCACACGAUGAUAGAUUUGUGAUCAAAACAUUGCGUAAAUCUGAGUUGAAGGUUUUCCUCCAAAUGCUUCCUAGCUACUAUAAUCAUGUGCAAUUGUACGAGAACACUCUGAUCACAAAAUUUUUUGGGCUGCAUCGCAUAAAACUGAAAUGUGGCAGAAAGGUAAGGUUUGUGGUUAUGGGCAAUAUGUUCUACACUGAAUUACGAAUUCAUCAGCGUUAUGACUUGAAGGGGUCUUCUUAUGGAAGAUAUACGAGCAAAGAAAAGAUCAAUCAAAAUGCCACCUUGAAAGAUCUUGACCUCUCUUAUGAAUUUUAUAUGGAUAGAUCUUUGCGUGAUGCCCUAUUUAAACAAAUAGAGUUAGAUUGCAGUUUUCUGCAAUCUCAACAUAUAAUUGACUAUAGUCUUCUGCUGGGUUUGCAUUUUCGAGCUCCCGAGCAUCUGAAAUCUCUCAUGGAAUUACCAGACCCAUCCUAUGACACUGAGGAUAAACUUGCUGCCAAUGGUGUGACUUCAUUAGGGGGGCUGUCGGUUCCUCCGACAGGUCUGAUGUUGGUAACACAUGAGCCAGGUUCAGUGAGCACUGCUCCCGGUCCUCAUAUUAGAGGAAGUACAUUGAGGGCAUACUCUGUAGGUGAUAAGGAAGUUGAUCUCCUCCUCCCUGGAACUGGAAGGCUGAGGGUGCAAUUAGGUGUAAACAUGCCCGCUCUAGCAAACCGAAAAAUCCAACAAAGUGAGACUAAAAAUGAGACGGAUUCAAUGGAAGUUGAACUAUUUGAGGUUUUUGAUGUCGUUCUUUACCUUGGCAUAAUUGAUAUAUUGCAAGAUUACAACUUGAAAAAGAAAAUCGAGCAUACAAGCAAAUCUUUGCUUUUAGACCCUGUGACAAUCUCCGUUGUUGAACCUAACUUCUAUGCAAGACGUUUUAUUAGUUUCCUCGAAAAAGUUUUUCCUGUUCCCCCUUAAAAUUGAACGGCCCUUACAAGUUACGUAUCCUUGUACAACUCCACUCUGGCUGAUUCUUUCGAUUUCCGCCAAAUUGCCUUGAAACGGCAAGAAUAAAGAAGUGCAUAGAUAUUGUAAGUCGGAACAGAUCAUCAGUCUUCCUCAUUUUCGGCGAUCUUUCAUCCUGAAGAAACAGACUUUUUGAGGAGCAAGAUUAAUGAUAGAGUUUUCUGUAUGUUUUUAAUGCUGUAAAUUUAUAGUUGUGCAGUUCAGUCUUAUAACUCUAUAAUUCCUCGUAAAUUUUACUAAACGAUCUGCCGAAUUGGUGGCAUUUUGUUGAUAUGGUGUAUAAUAUACACAAUGUAAAUGGUUACCCUGUAAAUUUUUUGUCAUGUUUGAAGGGUUCCAAUUAGAGAUGGUAAUGGAUUCUGGACCA